AUGGCACCUCCUGAGUUGGAGGAAUUGAGGAAGCAGUUGAAGCAAUUGUUGGACGCUGGGUACAUCCAACCGUCCAAGGCCCCUUAUGGUGCCCCAGUUCUUUUCCAGAAGAAGAGGGAGGGAACGCUGAGGUUGUGCAUCGACUAUAGGGCGCUAAACAAGGUGACCAUCAAAAACAAGUAUCCAAUCCCUUUGAUUGCAGAUUUGUUUGAUCAGUUGGGAGGAGCUAGGUACUUCACCAAGUUGGACCUGCGCUCAGGAUACUAUCAAGUGAGGAUCGCACCGGGAGAUGAACCAAAGACCGCAUGUGUGACGAGAUAUGGGUCUUACGAGUUCCUUGUCAUGCCGUUUGGCUUGACUAACGCCCCUGCAACCUUUUGCACUUUUAUGAACAAGGUAUUCCAUCCUUUCUUGGACAAGUUUGUUGUGGUUUACAUCGAUGAUAUUGUGGUGUAUAGCAAUUCCCUAGAGGAGCAUCUUGAGCACUUGCAGAAAGUCUUCCAAGUUCUGAGGGAGAACGAGCUGUAUGUGAAGAGGGAGAAGUGCUCAUUUGUCCAAGAAGAGGUAGAGUUCCUUGGUCACAAGAUACGGGGAGGUCAAUUGCUCAUGGAGGAGGGCAAGGUGCGAGCCAUUCAAGAAUGGGAGCCACCAACCAAGGUACCUGAGUUGCGGUCUUUCCUUGGGUUGGUCAACUACUAUCGCAGGUUCAUCAAGGGAUAUUCAGCCAUUGCCGCCCCCUUGACGGAUUUGCUUAAGAAGAACAAGGCGUGGGAGUGGACAACCCGAUGCCAGCAUGCCUUCGAUGAGUUGAAGAGGGCACUUAUGGAGGAACCCGUGCUGAGACUUCCUGAUCUUAGCAAACCGUUUGAGGUACACACUGAUGCAUCAGAUUUUGCUAUUGGUGGUGUACUCAUGCAGGAUGGACACCCAUUGGCUUUCGAGAGUCGGAAGCUCAAUGACACGGAGCGGAGGUAUACAGUUCAAGAGAAGGAGAUGACAGCCGUAGUGCAUUGCUUGCGGACUUGGAGGCACUACUUGCUGGGUUCUCAGUUCGUGGUCAAGACUGACAAUGUUGCCACAAGCUACUUUCAGUCUCAACAGAAGUUGUCACCCAAGCAGGCUAGGUGGCAAGACUUCUUGGCGGAGUUCGACUACAAACUGGAGUACAAGCAAGGGAAGACAAAUGUCGUUGCUGAUGCCCUAAGCAGGAAGGCCGCACUUGCAGCUGUUGUACAACCCCAGAGUUCUCUCAUGCAGAGGAUACGAGAGGGCUUGUUGCAUGAUCCUCAAGCCAAAAGUCUGUUGGAGCUUGUCAAAGAUGGGAAGACAAGGAGAUUUUGGCUCGAUGAUGGUGUUCUUUAUGCAACAGGGAAGAGGAUCUAUGUUCCAAGGUGGGACAAUCUGAGGCGAGAGCUACUGAAGGAGUGUCAUGACUCGAAGUGGGCGGGACAUCCAGGCACUCAUCGGACGUUAGCCUUGAUGAGUGAAGCUUACUAUUGGCCACAGAUGCGGGAGGAUGUAGACUCGUUCGUGCGGACUUGUCUUGUAUGCCAACAAGACAAGACAUUGCAGAAGCAGCCGGGUGGGUUGCUAGAGCCACUUCCUGUUCCAGCCAGACCAUGGGAGAGUUUGUCCAUGGACUUCAUUGUGAGUCUACCCAAGUCAGAAGGGUGUGGCUCAAUUUUGGUGGUGGUCGACAGGUUCACCAAGUAUGCUACCUUCAUCCCUGCACCAGCGGACUGCAAUGCGGAGGAAGCUGCACGCUUGUUUAUUAAGCAUGUGGUGAAGUAUUGGGGAAUUCCCAAGAGUAUUAUCAGUGACCGCGACACUCGCUUUACUGGUAAACUUUGGACGGAGCUCUUCAGGCUACUUGGGUCACAAUUGAACUUCUCUACCAGCUUUCACCCACAGACAGAUGGUCAGACGGAACGGGUGAACGCAUUGUUGGAGCUAUACUUGAGGCAUUAUGUGAGUGCCAACCAGCGAGAUUGGGCAAAGUUGUUGGAUGUUGCUCAGUUCUCAUACAACUUGCAGCGGUCGGAGUCAACAGGGUCAAGUCCUUUCGAGUUGGCAACAGGACAACAACCUAUGACACCGAACACAGUGGUGUCAGGCUACACGGGGAGUAGCCCAGCUGCAUACAAGACAGCCAAGGAGUGGCAGGUGACUAAUGAGCUGGCUCGGGCUCAAUUGGAGAAGGCAACUCGGAAGAUGAAGAAAUGGGCGGACAAGCAUAGGCGAGAUGUUGUGUUCCAACCAGGUGAUAUGGUCUUUGUGAAGCUCAACCCCUCUCAACACAAGUCCACUAGAAAGUUACACAAGGCGUUGUUGAGGAGAUAUGAGGGCCCAUUUCCUAUCAUCCGAUCAGUGGGAAGAGCUGCUUACCGUGUGGAACUACCACCCCGAUUGAAGAUUCAUCCGGUGUUCCACGUGAGCAAUCUCAAGCCCUACCAUGCCGACCCCGAGGAGCCAAGUCGUGGAGAGUCUCAACGAGCUCCACCUUUGAUGGUGACUUCAUUUGACAAGGAGGUUGAGUGCAUCAUGGCCAAGCGAGAAGUGCGACGCAAGGGUGUACCGAGGUACUUUGAGUACUUUGUCAAAUGGAAGGGCCUGCCAGAUUCCGAAGGCAACUGGGAGAAAGAAGAGUCUUUGUGGAAGUACAAAGACAUCAUCGAAGCAUUCGAACGAGAAGGAUCUACCUCGGCGACGAGGACGUCUCCGGAUUAG